UUCCGCUCUAAGGCAGAGGCGCUGGACUCCGCUUCAUAGCGCCUCUUUGCUGUCUCAGUCGCUGAUGAGCUAGGAUUACAUACGAGGCAGAACAUGACAUAAACAUGGCCCACAAUAGAAGCUUUUUCCUCGAAGCCCUGGAUAGAUCAGAGACCAGGCGAGAUGGAGGCUUCAAGCACAGCUGGAGCUUUUCUCCCCCUAGUGACAGUGACGAAGAAAAGCUAAACGAAUCGGUCAGCGCGAGCGUGAUCAGCGUGAAGGAGAUGCAGCAGCCCACCUCCCCUGAUGAGAAAAAGUCUCCAUCUUUAAGGCACUUCAGUUCCUCCAACUCCAUAAGAACCUACGAGAAGAGGACAAAUAAUCACAUGAGGCCUCUGAACAAGCUGACUCCCAAAAGAAUCAGCAGUGAUGUUCCGCUUGCAGCAGCAACGCCGUCUCCAACACACAACGGAGCAAGUUACUACGUCUUCACUCCACCUCCUCAAGGAAUCUUUUUACAAGGCCGGCACUUUCAGCACGCUCAGCUGCCAUCAGCUGUGAAGAAGCCCGUCCAAAGAAAUGACUUUUCACCCUCACAGCAAAACGUAGAAGUGGACAGCAUCGUCCUCACCUGCCAAGAGAGCCCAGAAGAGGAGACCUUAAAUAUAAAACGUCGAAUCCUGCAGAGGAGGAAGCCGUUGGACGUCUCUAACUCUUCCACACCGGUCAAACAAGCAGAGGCUCCACAGUCGACUGUCUACUAUGCAGUGUGCCUGAAGUGCAACAAGCCAAGCGAGGACAGUACCAAGUGUCAUAACUGCAGGAGCAGCGCAUCACUAAUCCCCAGUCAGCCGGCCACGUUGUCGUCUUUGACCCCCAGACCUCCAAUAAGACCCCAAACCUCCCGCAGUCCGAACAGCCUUCAGCAGAGCUUUUGCAAACCGGGUACUACCAUUAAGAUACCCGGCGGGGAGGCCGUACCUGUGCGCGCCACGAGCAUGCUGGGAUCCCAGUUACCUUCAGAUGACGGCGCGUCAGCUGUGUUGGGCAGGGCGUCGGGGAAGAGGACGGCGGCGGUGAAGCAGCACCAGCUCAAUGAUCCCAUCGUUCUUUCCAGCGACGAGGAGGAGGAUGAGGCCGACAAUGCCAGUACGGGAAGUGUCAACAGACUGGACAGUGUUUCUCCUCGGCCUGCUGACUCGGCACACUCUUCCCCGGUGCCUUCCGGGGGCAGGGGGGAGGCGGAGGUGAAGAGCACCGAAGCUCAGGAAGAGAUCGGCUCAGAGUUCUUUGAAGAUGUCAACAUAAAGAUCACAAUACCACGGAGAGCCCGGAUGAAGGAUCAGUUUGGAAAUCAGCCCCCUGAGCAGCUUCCACCAAGAACCAAGAAGCCCAAAGUCGCAUCAAACAGGUGCGACAGCAUUAUUCUGGAGUGCCGGAGCAUAAGAAUAGGAAGCCUGCGGAGGAUGGUGAAAAAGCCUGUAGUUUUUUCUAUUGACCACAUUCAGCUAGAAACACAAGGUCCGGUGAACGACAGCAUAGAGAAGGUUUGCCUUCAGACGUCCGAGAUCAUUCUCUGCGAGUGGUGCUGUGUCCGGAAACUUCCCGUCUUGUUCUUUCAAACGACCCCGAAAGAGUGCCUCCGCCUGCGCACGCAGCUCAACAUGUCCAAGGAGAAUGGAGGCCAUUGGUACGACUGCGACGGGAACGCGUCAGACGAGAAGUAUAUUGUUCUGAUCUUCGAGAACGGCCUAGCGUUGAAGGAACAGAUUAUCCUGGAGGACAUUUUGACCGCGAUAGGCACAACCAACAACCUCAGUGACUUCCCGACCAAAUUGACGUUUGAUGAGGCCAACGUUCGUCUGGUGAACUACAACAAAUCAUCGAGCCAGAAGAGCGAGAAGGAAAAAUCCGUUCAAAACUCUCCCAACUUCACCCACGUUCCCUCUGUGUCGCCGGUAAGCAUAGCUGGACGAACACGGAUGGCCACCCGCCAGACCAGGUCUUACUUUGAGGAUGAAGACGAAGACAUGACUGACCUGCCUCCCUCUUUCUCUGGACCAAUCGUGAAGUUAAUGGUUUACCCUCCCCCUCCAGCCAAAGGUGGGAUAACGGUAACUAACGAAGACCUCCACUGCCUUAAUGAUGGUGAAUUCCUAAAUGAUGUUAUCAUAGACUUUUAUUUAAAAUAUUUAGUUUUAGAGAAAUUGAAAAAAGACGAUGCACAAAGAAUCCACGUGUUCAGCUCGUUUUUUUACAAAAGACUGAACCAGAGAGAGCGCAGGAACGCCACAGAUACCACCAGCCUGCCAAUCCAGAAGAGAAAGCACAACAGGGUAAAGACGUGGACUCGACAUGUGGAUCUGUUCCAGAAGGACUUCAUUUUUGUUCCCAUUAAUGAAUCAGCUCACUGGUACUUGGCAGUCAUCUGCUUUCCGGGCCUUGAAGGUCCAGUGUUUGACAAGAACCCGCUUUACUGUGGCCCGACGCCAGCUUCCGGCUCAGUGGCGGACUUCCAGUCGGAGGACAGCAUCCCAGACCACUGCCGGCCCCUGUCUCCAGAUGGAGAUUGCCUGGACAGCCCGUCAGAGUUCGAGUCCUCAGAGGCUCCGGGUGGGUCUGCAGAGGGUCAGAGCAACUUGAACCCGGAGAACUUUGCGGAGGACGCUCAGGAGUCGCUGGGCAACAGCCAGGCUGAACCCGAGCAGCACUACUCAAGUGAGCUGCACAGAAUCAGUCUAUGCUAUGGUUCAGGAAAAGAAGACGACACUUACACCUUCUCUGACGACCAAAGCUCCUGUCAGGAUGAGUGCAGUGAAGACGGCACUCUGGCUGAAGACGGAGUCCCCUCCGACGUCUCUAGUUUGGCCUCUAAACCAACAAUCCUCAAACAGCCUUGUAUUCUCAUCAUGGACUCACUACGGGGUCCCACCAGGUCCACGGUGGUGAAAACUCUCCGAGAGUACCUGGAGGUGGAGUGGGAGGUGCGCAAAGGCACCCAGCGAAGUUUUAGUAAGGAGGUGAUGAAGGGCUCCAGUCCAUGUGUGCCUCAGCAGGAUAACUUCAGCGACUGUGGGGUCUACGUCCUGCAGUAUGUGGAGAGCUUCUUCGAGAAUCCCCCUCCCCGUUUCCAUCUGCCCAUGAACUUGUCCGAGUGGUUUCCUCAGCAGAGGAUGAAGACGAAACGCGAGGAGAUCAAAGAGCUGAUCCUGACACUGCAGGAGCAACAGGAACUGAACUUGGAGUCAAAACAGGAGGGAACUCCUCUGGGCUCCUCUGAGGAGCCAGACGUUCAAGAGACUUCUGAAUUAAAAGGAAAGGUGUCAAAGAUGGUCAUCAGCCCUUAAAAUAUCCACACCCCUCCAUCACCAUGGAUGUUGCCCUCUGAGCCCCGCUUGGGCUGGACUGGAUCAUACGCUGCUGGUUUCACUCAACAACAUUUCUCACGUGGUCUCUCGCUGCUUCCACAAGCAAACACAUAUUCAUAUUUGUAUUAAAGACAUAAAAUGUAAAUAUGUUGGAGUUUUCUGCUGCCUUUGUAAAAUACUGUUUUAUGACUUCUCCAUAAGUGACCCGUUAAGUUAUAUUCAUAGAUGUUCUGCUCUCUGAGAGGAUCUGUGCAGAAGAUACUGUUUCAUUCUUUGCAUUGUUGAGCAUUAUUUUGAUGCUUUCGGGGUGUGUUGAGGAAGAGGAGAGGAAGAAUAAAGAGAAAGAAUGUUUGCAUUUGUCCCUUAACACUCCAUCUAUCUGCAAGACAAAAUAGAAAAGCUGUUUUAGGGAUAAAAAAAACAGACUUUCAGCUAAGCGUUUAAGAAAAUAUAGUUGCUUACUUGUUGUCGAUGGGAGGAAUUUUCAACAAUAAAACAAACUUCAAUGCAAAA